AUGACAGAGGCCACACCAAACCACGGCCCGGCUCUCGAACGAGGGAUCUGGGUCGCGGUGAUCAUCGCGGUCUUGGUUGUAAUCCUUAGGGUCUUUGCUAAGAUUAAGAUCAACCGCUUUCACUUUGACGAUGUACUGAUGAUCAUCGCAUCGAUUUCGGCAAUUGUCUCGACCGUUUUUCUCACACUUUCCGUCGAUCACGGCUUUGGCAAGCCCCUGGGUGACCCCUUUACCCACGACACUUCCCUGGUCUUGAAAUACAUCGCCAUACAAAUCCCCAUCGUUACCCUUAGUACCACCUUCGCUCGAACCUCUUUUAUCAUAUAUCUUGUCGCGGUUCUUGGGACAAAGAAAGCAUAUAAGAUCGCACUAUGGGUUAUCCUCGCCAUCCAGCUUGCUGGGAAUAUUGCAUCGGCAGUUUUGCCACUGAGCAUUUGCAAGAACGUGAACAUCCUCUGGGAUCCACUCGUCAAAACUACUUGUGGGGAUAUAGACGCAGUCAUCAAGUUCGCGUACUUCUCUAACACUUUCAACUCGGCUGCCGAUCUAUUUCUGGCUGUAUUUCCAACCGUUGUUUUCUGGAAUCUCAAUUUGAAGUUGCGUAUCAAGAUCAGUUUGAUUGGUCUUCUCAGCCUGGGCAUUGUUGCUAUGGUGGCGUCCAUAAUCAAGACUACCAAGCUCGAUACCUUACCCAGCAUUACAAAUCUUGGCUCUGCCGGUGGAAUUGAGUUGAUCCGCUGGGGAUACGUCGAAAACGCCAUAAUUAUUAUCACCUCGUCGAUUCCAUGCAUUCGCCCCUUGAUCAUUUCUUCUGUACGAAAGCUCUCUAGCGUCACUCGGUCAUACGAGCUCAGCGGUCCUUUCAGCAACCGUCGAACAAACCCAAACAAUGGCACUCAGACACGCAAGUCGCGUAGCAAGUUCAGCAAACCUCAUGACCUAGAGUAUGGCAGCAUAGAUCACAUUCUUGACAGAGAAAACAGCGCCGCGACGGGCGGCGACCAUGGCUUUCCUCGUGAUAUGAAUCCAGGGAUCACGAAGCAGGUUGACAUUGAAGUCGUUUCCGACGAUAACACAUCACGAUCAGACUCUACACGACAUGCCGGCCACGGUAUUUGA